AUGGGUGGAGGAUCAGAUGAAGCAUGGAUAGAUGGGGAGGUUGUUGCUGCAAAGAUAAUAGCAGUGCCUUUUAAAGGAUCGGGCAAGCACAAAUACAAUUUCCAACGUGUUGAAUUUCCUCCUUUCCCUGUACACUUUUGUGACUGUGAGGAACAUUCUGGCCCUAAGACAGUUAAAGAAAAAGCUUAUAAUCAUAAAAGUGAAAAUUUUGGAGUAAAUGAGGAAGAGCUUGACAUUAUGAAGUCGGUUAUGAACAAGAUUUUGGAAAGAGAGAACUGCUCAAAUGCAACUCGUAACAACGCUAGAUUUACUAUGGAAGUAUACAAUUCAGCCACAUUACUCAACAAUGUGCAAGUUGAUGACAAUGGGGAUGAUCAAGUGACGAUGAAGAUAACUUGUUAA